CCACAAAAGCUGGCAGAGGGCUGAGAAACUUGUGUCGAGUGGGCCAGACUGAGAGAGACGGGUAUCGGCCGGAUUGGAAACAGAACAAGUAGGCAAGUCGAGUGGCUUGUGACCGAAACAAGAAGGCUAGCAGAUGCUGGCCCAGAAGGCUACUAACAGGAUGAGGAUAGUUCACCACAUGGGCCCACGGGGAUUAGGAGUCAGAGAGAGGUAAACAGAUUAGUCUAGAAAAAGAGGCAGAGUUUUUAACCUCAUCACUCCCCUCAUACCCUGCAGAGCAUCUUCCACCCACUCACACACUUGAGACCAAAUCUGUACCAAGAAUCUGCACCAUCUGUCAGGAAUACCACCCAACUUACAGCAGUGCCCACAAACAGCCCCGUCCAUGGAAGCCUGGACACAUAAUCGAUGGAAAUGAACUCUGUCACCCUCGGAUGUGAGAUAAGUCGAUACGGACUGUCUUUUCUUUCCAAAUGAGCAACUUUACAUCCAAAAGGACAUAAUCUACUGCAACAUGCCAUUGAAAACAGGAUUAUUUCUCAUUCUGUUCUUGUUUACCCUCCAAGCCACUAGAAUAAAAGAACUCACUGCUGACGACUGGAUUUUCAGGAUCAGAAAUGUGAAGUACAGGCACUUCCUGGAGACUCCACAGCCAAUCAAACAGCUGACAGAUGGCAGAAAUUCACUUUCUCUAAAUGCACAUCGAGCUAAGAGAUCAGUGCUGUUUGGUACGGGGGUGAAAGUCUGUCCUCAGGAGAGCAUGGCAGAGGUCAUCACCAGCCAUAAAGCUUACUACAAACUAAGAGUUUGUCAAGAAGCUGUGUGGGAGGCCUUCCGGAUCUUUCUUGACAGAGUUCCUGACACCAUGGAGUACCAGCAGUGGGUGUACGCCUGUCAGAGAGACUCGCUUUGCAUGGAGGAUCUGGCCCAAAAUUUUAGUAGCACACAGGAGCAUCUUGACAUGGUAGCCAGUAGAGUGAAUGCUCAAGAUGAACAGGAGAGGGCUCUCACACCUGCACCAGGCGAGAAAUGUUCAAAGAGUCCUGCAGAGGUUUUCAUCAUGGAUUCUGACAGCGAAACUGGGGCACCAGAUGUUGUCCCUCAGAGGCUGGUGGAGCACACUGUGGAGUUCAGUGUGACUAUAGUAGACCCCGUCUACAGCGCACUACUGAGGGACCCAGGCAGCCCUCAAUAUGAUGACUUCACUCGCAAUCUUCAUGAGAAGAUGCUGCAUGUGUUUGACAAACUUCCUGGGUUUAAAGAGAUUCGGGUGCUGGGAUUUCGCUCUGAAGGUGCUGCAGCAAGCUAUGCUGUAGUGUUUGAGACUGAUGGGACACGGGCCAUAGGUGACACAGACUCCACUGAUGAAUAUGGCAUAGAGGGAGUCCUAAAGGGCAUGGUGGUCAAGGCGCUAAGUGAGGACACAUCACUUCCUGUGGACGUGCUUUCCCUUACUUUCGAACCAGACUCUUUAACAGCAGGCAAGCAAGAGAGCAUGAGAUCCAGUACUGAAAUCAGCAAAGAAUCAAUUGAAAUGAGUACACAGUCCACAAAAGCCAACUCGGAGGACACUAUAGCACCUUCUGGAAGUAUGGGCAUGUCUUUUGGAGAUCUGGGCCCUGAUAGGACUCAAACAGAUUUGGGUGAGGAGACAGAAAGGAGUGAUAUACAGAAAUUAGCUGAUAUAUCAUCCCACGUUCCCACACAACCAGUAACCACAGAGCUAAUUAACAGCUCCCAUCUUGACGGUUCAAAGACGGCAAGUCUAACCACUGAAGUCACUUCAGCGACCGAAGGUUGGCAAAGAACCACUACAGUGGAUUACCAAUCAAAGUGGUCGGAAGUCAAUGAGGAUGUGGGAAAUGAAAUUGUUGCCACAGCUGCACCACUGGACUUAGAGUCUUUUGAAGUAGCAAAAGCAUCUACUUCAACUCAACCGGAAAUAGAUUUUGAUAUAACACCAGAGGCGACUCCUGCAGAGGCAACAUCAUCAAUCUUGACAUCCCCAACCCCUACUGAGCGAGCUCAAGAUGUUAUAUUUCAUGAAGAUGACACAAUUGGCCCCUUCGAACCUUUAGAGACCUCUACCGAAGGUCUUCCUUCAUACCCUAAAGGUCCAGUUGAGUCGCCCACUUCAAAUGACCUUAGUGACCAUGUAGAAUCUCCAUCUGUCGGUGCCACCGUAGACACAAUCCAUCGAAAGGUGCCUCCACUUGGACUUACCACUCCAGAACCAAUUCUCCCUGCAGCAAUUCCCUCUGAGCUAACACCCACAGAAGACCUCAUUUCACACCUGACCCCAGACAAUUUCCUGGAUGAAGAGGGACAGACUCUCUGGACAGUUCCACCUCCCCCACAUGAAGAUAGUACAGAUAUUGAUAGAGAAACACAAGAUGUUGAACAGUCUGAUGAGGAGGACAACACUCUGGACCCUGGGAGUGGAUUCCCCUCAGAGGUCAACGAGAAUCCACAGUCCUCAGCUCAUCCUCUAGGUUACGUUACCACUUCUUCAAUGAUGGCUUCUAACCAGGCCAAAGAGUUAGUGGUGUUUUUUAGUUUACGUGUGACUAAUAUGAUGUUUUCGGAGGAUCUUUUCAACAAGAGUUCCCCCGAGUACAAAUCACUGGAGAACACGUUUCUUGAACUGAGACAAUUCUCUGAACCAAGUGACUCGCCAAACCCUGAGGCUUCUAGUCAAGUGACUGAGAGAGAACAGAAGACAUUAGCCUCAAUACCGCUCCUGCCAUAUCUACAGUCCAACCUGACUGGAUUUAAGGAGCUGGAGAUUCUGAACUUCAAGAAAGGCAGUGUGGUGGUAAACAGCAAGAUGAAAUUAAACAAACCGGUUCCAUACAAUGUUACGGAGACCGUUCAGUGUGUGCUCGAGGACUUCUGCAAUGCGGCGUCUAAGAGAUUGGACUUGGAAAUCGACUCCCAGUCAGUGGAUGUGGAACCAGCCAAUCACGCAGAUCCAUGUAAGUUUAUGGCAUGUAACGAGUUCUCCCGCUGCGUGGUGAACACGUUAACCACAGAACCCGAGUGUCUGUGCGAUCCGGGCUACAGCACGGUGGACGGCAAUCCCUGCACCAGCAUCUGUGACCUACAGCCUGAAUACUGCCUGAACGGAGGCCUGUGUGAAAUCAUACCAGGACACGGAGCGGCCUGCAGAUGUCCUUUAGGUAAAUUCUGGCACUACCAUGGAGAACGCUGCAACGAAUUGGUGUCUGUGCCACUUGACCCUCUCCUUUCCAUAGCCUGCCUUGUGGGAAGCCUCUCAGUGGUUUGUGCUGUGAUAGGCAUCUUGAUUUUCAUUAACAAGAAAUGCAUACGGACCAGAAAGACCAUAAGACUUGUGAAUUCACAAUCAGCAUUCCCAUUUGGUAAUGCUAUGAGAGUAAAUCCAGUUUUUGAGAAUGACGAUGGGGUCUUAACACAUGUGUCAAGCAUGCUCUGUCCCAUGAGCUCUGACUCAGCCUCCUCACAACACUCAGGCCAAGGCACAUUUCGAUCACUUGAAAGUUUACAGCUUAGUACUGAGAUCCCCAGACAACUCUACACCAGAAGAUCAGAAAAGUUAAUGUCAGAAAUGGUUGACUUCCAUCAAGUGUAUACCACAUAACGAGGUUGUUUUUCCUCAUGCUGUAUAUUACAGACGUGUCGGAGGUCCAGCAGGUCUUCUUGCUGUUUUUUGAGGAGUCCUGAUAGUGACAGCGUUGAAGUGACUGUUUUAUGAUGUCCAGACACUUUUUUAAACUAAGCGAGGCGCCAAAGCUCUUCAGCGCUAUUCAUGCGAUCAGCUUUGCUGGUUUCUUGUUGACAUUUGGUGAGUGUAUGAUACAACCGCCUUACACAAGGAUCAGCCAUCCUCUUGGCCAACUGAAGGAAUACCUCCAAGAAUGAGGACUUAUAUCCAUCCUGAAUUUAUUUUUAAUUGUAUCUGCAAAAAAUUGUAAACUGCAUAUGAGACAUGUAAUGUGUUGGAUGCUUUGAACCCUUGUCAAAGGUUUGUUUCCUCCCUCACAAUGAGGUAUUUAUUUACAAAUUGAUACAUUGGGUUGUAUCUUAAAUAGAAAAUAGAUUCUAGUCAUCUCUUCUAGUCUGUCCUCAGUGUCCCAAACAAAGAAAAUGCAUGUAAAGUAUUUCUGUAACUCUUAAGGGUAUCACCUCAAGAAAAAAAAGACAAAAAUACAGACUUGUGGUCAUGGUGUCUUUGUUUCUACAUCAAACAGAAAAAGUAUUUCUGAAGGUAUCUUUCAGUUGCAGAUAAAGUAAAUAUUUCAUGUCAUGUCUAUUUAAAUUUUCAUGUGCUGAAGAAUCGUUCAUGAUGACUUUAAAAGAUAACAGUCAGGGUCCCUGAGUAAAGCUAAAACUCUUUAUGACUACAAAGGCAAAGAUUUC